CCAGCACAGACCUCCAAGUCCCUAAACGCAGGCAGUGCUGUGAAUGGAGAGCUAGACGAGGAGACUGCAGAACAUACCGGCAACAUGAUAGUGCUGCGUUUAGUCCUGUGCGCUGUUCUGGCUCUGCUAGGUCUGCCUCAUGCAAGCUAUGGAGUUUCAUACUUUGGGGAUAGCUACUGCCGAAUAGAUGUGGUGCAGGAUCUGUUAAGUUUUCAGCUGUCACUCCAGUUUAAGACAAGUAGACGCAGUGGGCUGCUUCUUCUAGCUGCUGGAAACAGAGACUACCUGUCUCUAGAGCUCAUCAAUGGCAGGUUACAGGCAAGAAUGGAUAUGGGCUCUGGGGAAGUGUUGCUGAGCUCCUCUGGUGUGCAACUUAACAAUCUUAUAGAACAUCAUGUUUCUCUUAAACUACAAGAAAACAAACUCACCAUGACUGUAGACGGCCUUUUUUCAACAUACGUUGACGUACCUGGGGAGGAAGAGGACCUCAGUAUUGACAUGGGAGUGUUCCUAGGAGGCGUAAGAGACUUAGAUGUUGAGUACUUUGGCACUGCUAUCCCUUUCCUCCGUGGCUGUAUGAGUGACAUAAAGUUUGAAUCUCAUCAGUUUAAUAUUUUAUCAUCAGCUGCAACUGUUUGCCAUGACAUUAAAGAUGGCUGCAGCAAUGAGUUCGAAGCAGGAAAUGGAGAGGCUACCAGCUUUAUCACUCCAGACUCCUUUGUAGCCUUCCCAGCCUGGACCAGAGCUAGCACUGGUUCUCGCAAUGUGGAAUUUCUGAUGAAAACUACUAUCGAAGAUUCUCUGCUUCUCUUUCAUCCAGGUGACGGGUCUGAUUUUAUUGCAUUGGGUAUGACUGGAGGGUACCUGAAAGGUGUGGCAGAUCUGGGCAGUGGCAUAAAAACUCUGGACAAUGGGAACGUACAGCUGGAUGAUGAUCAAUGGCACAGGAUAAGAAUGCAGGUUGAUCCAAACACUUUUGAGAUAACAGUCGAUAGUCAGUCUGUCUCUGCUCCACUGGAUGGAUCAGAAAACCUGGACCUUGUGGGAAAUCUGUACUUAGGAGGUAUCCAGGGGAAAAUGAAAGAUGUAUUCCGUGAUAGCCACCUGACUCGUAUGGAAGAGGAGCUAACGUCAGAGUCUUUCAUUGGUUGCUUAGGAGAAAUCAAGGUAAACCAGAAAGUCAGGAGCCUGCAAGAUGCCCUGAUAACCAAAGAUGUUCAUGUUAAAUGCGAAGGAGAAGAUUAUGACUAUUCCAGCUAUUACGAUGAAGCGUCCACAACUACAGCCCCGCCACGGAUAAGAUAUGUUAGUGUAACCCCAGAUAACAGGCACUGUUUGCCAACUGAGGACAUGCCAGAAAUCUUUCGAAAUGUCUCAAAGCUCUUGGACGUCACCCCUCUCCUGGUUCCAGAGAGUGGAGAUGCUUUUAUAGAUAUAAGCAACCUGAACCCAACGUUCGAUCUAAAUGCCGCAGGAAUCCGACAGUCGCAAAUUAUUUUCACCCUUCAGAAUGAUCCUUGGUAUGGGCUUGUAGACAUGAACCUCAACACUCGGCGCACUAAGAAGUUUACACUUCUAGAUGUGGUGAAUAAGAAGAUUAAGUAUCUUCAUGAUGGCAUUGAAAAGUACAGUGAUCAAAUCCAACUAGAAGUGGUUGCCCAUGGUUCCAACCUCCCAGAGUGUUUGAAAACCCCCCACCAAUACACGCUUCCAGUAGAAAUUCUCCCUGUCAGUGACAUACCCCAGCUUAGCAGUGGAGACAUUGCUAUCACAGCAAAUGGACGCACUCGCUUAAGCCCUAACAUUGUCAAAUUAGCUGAUUCUGACAAGCGGUGUGAUAAAUUGAUUGUUACUGUUACAUCAGAUCCAGACUCUCAUGGUUACUUAGAGAAUUCAGAGCAGCCUGGUAAGAAUCUGAGAGAGUUCACCUGCAGACAGCUCAAGGAUGGACUUAUUUACUAUGUCCACAAAGGAGGCUUAGUGGAUGCACUCACCCUAGAAGUUUCAGACAGUAAUCAGAAUAGCCAGUCAGCCACCCUGAUACUGGAAGUGACUCAACCACAUAUGAGCCUGGUGACAAAUACCGGACUACGCCUCAUUCAGGGAGCCAACUCCACCAUAGGGAUCCAGAACCUGGCUGUGUCUGCCACUCCCAAAAAUGGAGACAUCAUAUUCAACGUCACACAUCCUUUGAGUUUUGGAGAACUGCAACUUAUUGGACAUGACAGUGUGCCAAAAAGAGUGACUCAAUUUUCUCAGUCUGAUCUGGAGCAGAAUAGACUACUGUACACUACUACAACAUCAGCUGAUCUGGAGGACAUAGAAACAGAGUACAUUGAUUUUAAUGUUCAGCUCGGACAGUUCACUCUUCCAGACAAUACAUUCAUCGUUAAGAUCAUGCCUGCUCAGGAAGUAACAGCAAAUAUCGUCCCUUUUGAAAUUGUAUCAAAUGAACCAAGAGUUAUCAAACAAUCUGAGUUAGAAGCUACGGUGAAAGGGAAGAAUAUUGACUCAGCUCUUAUCAAAUACAUCAUUUGGAGCCGUCCGACAAUGGGUUCCUUGAUGUUGCGGGAUAAGGAUCUGACAGAUAGAGACAGCUUCACCCAACGUGAUAUUGAUGCUGGACAUAUCAGUUACAGGCGCACAAUUAACACAUCUUUUGAUACUAAGGACAAUUUUCAGUUUAAGGUUUUUGCAGAUGAUCAUUAUUCUCAAUUGUACACAUACCCAAUCAGUGUCAAAGCUGUCUCCGCUUUCCCUGUACUAACCAAUAAGAGACUGCUGGUACUGGAAGGGAAUGAAAGUACCCUUAGUAAAGAACAUCUCUGGAUGCAGUCUCUGCAAUCCACAGACUUUGUUUACAGGAUCACAGAAGACCCUAUGCAUGGACAUCUCAUUCGGGACUCGCCUCCUGGUGUGCCAAGGUUCGAGGGUGCAAUUCGAGUCUUCAGUAAUGAAGAUAUACUUUUAAACAGACUUAUCUAUAAACAUGACGGCUCAGAGACCAGCCAUGACCAAUUCACCUUUCUUGUCUUUGAAGUAAAUACAGCUAGCACUAAUGUUCAGACUGAAGGACAGGAGGUGCUCAAAGGAACAUUUAACAUAGCAAUUCAAUCCAGAAAUGAGUAUGUACCUCAGAGGGUCAUUAAUAAACCCUUUCAUGUGGUAAGAAAUGGCCAGCGUUUACUAACCACUGAUGACAUACUAUUCAGGGAUGACGACUCUGGCUUUAAUGACACUCAACUGGUUUAUGUUCGAGUGGGAAUUCUCUCAGGUAGCAUUGUGUCUUCUGCAGACACUUCACAAGCUCUCUACCGUUUCACACAGGCAGAUCUGAGAGAUGGGAAUGUUCUGUUUGUCCAUCAUGGUGCUGACCGGGAGCUGUUUCAGCUUCAAGUGUCUGAUGGAUUGCACAAGUCCACAGCACUGCUAGAGGUGCAGGCAGGUGAACCAUACCUGCAUGUAGUCAAUAACUCCUUGGUUGUCAUGGACUAUGGCAGCACCAAGACUCUCGACACCAGUCUGCUGGGCACAGAGUCCAACAUGGACAUUAGGAGUGAUUCAGAAAUUAUAUAUGACAUAAACACUCCUCCUAGCGAUGGCAGGAUUAUAGUCAGUGGUGUUGAGGCUAACCGGUUCACUCAGGAAGACCUCAAGAAAGGUGUGGUGUCCUAUGAGCACAGUGAUCAGAGCCUCCGGUCCACGGACUCCUUCACCUUCACUGUGAGAACAAAAGAUAUGUCUGAGAAAGGCACUUUCAAAAUUAAGAUCUUCAAGCAAGGAUAUUUGUCUGAACCUCAUGUUACCACUAAUAAAGUCAUCAUUGCAUAUGAGGGCGAGCAUUCUGUCAUCGAUCAGGAUCAUCUCAGGGUGGAGCAGGACAACAUCUCGCCUGCUGAGAUAGUGUUCACCAUUAAAGAACCUGCACUUAUGGGCCAUGUGGUCAAACUGACCAAUGAUACAGAAACCACAAUGUCUCCUGUGCUGGACUAUAUCCAGUCUUUUACACAAGAGGACAUAAACAUGGGCACGGUUUUAUAUGUGUCAGCAUCUCUACAGGGUCAAGACAGGUUUAUUCUAGAUAUCAGUAAUGGCUUCACUACAAUCAAGGGCCUCGAGGUGCAGGUGGAUAUCAUGCCCCGCUUCAUACCUGUCCAAGUGGCCAACUUUACAGUGAGGGAAGGCGAUGCUGUUACUCUUACUGAAGACAUUCUCAACAUCACGCACCCUUUCUUCCGGUCAGUUCAUGUCGAAUUCCUUUUGGAGGAGGCACCUCAGCAUGGAGAUAUCAGAUAUAUAGACAGGGACGAUGAUGGGCUCGUGUCUUUCACUUGGGAUGAUGUGCAGCAGGGAACUGUCUACUACCUUCACGACAGCAGCGAGUCCACAGAGGACAGUUUCAUGUUCUCAGCCACUGCUUUUGAGUUAAUGCGCCGCAGCCUCCCCAUCACCAUCAGCAUCACGGUGAUCCCCGUCAACGACGAGGCGCCGCAGCUCAAGCACAACACAGGCCUGGAGCUUCUUGUUGGUGAAGAAACAGAAAUCACUAGCAAAGCAUUGAGCACUGAAGAUAUGGACAGCCCUCCAGACAAGCUGGUGUACAACAUCGAGGGAAUCCAGAAUGGCAUCAUCGCUCUGAAAGAGUCACCUGAUUACAGUGUUGAAAAAUUCACCCAAGCUCAGAUCAACAACGGCGAGGUCAUUUUCAUCCAUAAAGGAUCUGAAUCUGGAGGUUUCAGUUUCACAGUGACAGAUGGAGAACACACAUCUCCUCUCCACCACUUCGUCGUUACUGUCCGGCAGCUGACAAUCUCCAUGGAAGUACAAGGCGAGCUACUGGUCUUUCCUGGCUCCAGGCAAGUCAUCAACAGCAAUAUCCUGCGAGCAGUGACCAGUGAGGACGGAGAUGAUAUCAACUAUUCUCUCGUUAAGCCUCCACGACUAGGACGACUCAUUAAGCCCAACCAGAGUGGACAAUUUGAGAAAAUCAGCCAAUUUACACAAACCGAUCUGGAUGCUGGUGCAAUUUAUUAUGAACACCAGAUGCCAUCAGAGUCCUUCUGGGUAGUAAAAGAUGCUGUAGAACUCGAGCUGUCAUCACCACCAGCGGCAAAACUCCAACACACUCUUCCUGUUACUGUGUCAUACUACGCCACCCAUCGCAAUGUGUCUUCACAGCUGUGGAAGAACAAAGGUAUGUCAGUGGUGCAGGGGCAAUCUAAGGUGUUUGAUGUGUCCAUUCUGGAUGCAUCCAACCUGCUAGGCAGUGUUCCACAGGAAAAACGGAUAGGCCAGGACAUAGUUUUUGAGGUACGGCAGUUCCCUAAACAUGGCCGACUCACUCUUGGAGGUGAUGACCUUCCUCAUGAUGCACCGUAUUUCAUGCAAGAUGACAUCAUUAAAGAGAAGCUGGAAUACUAUCAUGAUGACUCAGGAGCAUCUUCAGACAGAUUUUCUUUCCGUGUGAUGCUCAACCCCCAUGGUCGCCCCCCUCAGGCUGUACCUGGUGCUGUGGUGUUGGAGGAGGUCUUUCUGAUCUCAAUCAGACAAAGGGACUCUAGCCCUCCAGAGCUAGUCAAUCUGGAUCUGCUGCUGGAGGCUCGGCAGGGAUCUACCACUGUAGUGUCCAAGCAAUACCUCAAUACAAUGGACCAAGACAGUACACCAGAUGAGGUCAGGUUCACCAUCUUAAAGAGCCCUACUAAUGGACACAUCAUUAACACAGAUACUGGGGACAGGAUAACACAUUUCACCCAAGAGGAGGUGAAUAUGGGCCAGGUAGCUUUUGUGAGCGAUGGUAGCUUGUCUGACGGUUUUAUGGAGUUCACUGUUUCUGAUGGGAAACACCAGUCAGAACCAUUCAUGUUGCACAUCGGCAUUCUGGCUAAGAAACUAGUGCUUAAUAAGGUGCAGGAGAUCCAAGUCAAGCAAGGAGAUGACGAGACUCCUAUCACAGAGGCCAUGUUGAAAGCAACCACAGGAGGGCCAGUAGAUGAAGAAGUAAUAUAUAAAAUUACAAAUGUUCCCAAGUAUGCAGUAGUGAUGGUGGAUAGGCGGCCUACCUCUGCCUUUACCCAAAAACAGAUAACGGAAGGUAGAGUGAGUGUUCGCUUUAUCAAGUCCACUUCUUCAAAUGACAGUUUUUCCUUUGUAGCCCGCAGCAGAGCCGCUAACGUUUCCUCCAGCCUCGACAUCAGAGUCAAACCCUUAGUAAAUGUGGCCAAGGAUCCCUUACUCCCACGUGGCACUAUAGUUCUGGUGGACAGAAAGCUGUUAGAUGCAACCCCACUUGCCAACAAGACCAAAACUUCACCAACCUUCAGCUUGACCCAGCAGCCAAAGGGAGCAAGGUUUGUAAGAAGAGGAGGGUCUGCGGAUGGCCAGCCUAUGGAAUCCUUUUCCCAGAGAGAUCUUGAUGAAGGACGAGUGGCUCUAGAGCUCCUGAACUCCACUGGGGAUGCAAAGGACAAAGGUCAAGAUCAGGAUGAGGCUCGCUUCCUCCUCAAGGCACAUGGAGUUCCUCCAGCAGAGUGCAUUCUUUCCUUCCAGACAGAGCCUUAUGACCCGACAGGAAUCUAUGGUGCUACAGUACUUGAGGUCCCCACAUCUGUGGACACUUCUGACACAAGUAAAGCAGACCAGCCUGAUGCCAGACGGAGAGGGGAGGAAAACUGGCCAUAUGAAGCAGGUCCCACCACACCUUCUACCAAUGCCCAUAAAUCCCCUGUUUCUAGACGGAACUCACUAUGGGCCAUCCUUAUACCCAUAUUAGUCAUCCUCCUUCUACUGCUCAUAGCUGGUAUGCUAGCAUAUUACUUGGUGCGUCGCAACAAAACCGGAAAGCACAACGUUCAGAAUGCUUCCAGCAAGCCAAAAAAUGGAGAGGUGGCUCAGGAAACCUUCAGAAAAACUGAUCCAGCAAAUAACAUCCCCAUGUCCAAUGUGGAGUCUAAAGACGCAGAUCCUGAAUUACUGCAGCACUGUCGGACAACGAACCCAGCCCUGAAAAAGAACCAGUACUGGGUAUGAGAGGAGAAAUCUAGGACUCUGUUCCAUCAUGCUGUAUUGACCUUUAGUAUAUAUUGACAGAUUUUUUUUUUUUGAAUACUUUCUUGAGUCAUUCCUAACAGUAUUAUGAAGAUACAAGCGGUUAAGAAAAAUUUUUGGUGGAUAAGUUAACUUUUGAUCCAUUAGUUGUCAUGUGCGAUGAGUGCAUGUAAACAUUUCUCACAUGAAUCUGCUUCUGUUUUAUACUGACGAAAGACCAAGUCUUAUGAGGACUGGUUUAUGCACCUUUUCAUUGUUAAAAAACAGAUUUAAGUAAAAGUCUACAGUUCUCAUUGAAUGACCCAGUAAUUUCAGGCCCAAACAUGUUUACAUGUUCCUUUAUUGGUUAGUCAGGUGAAAUAUCAGGUUGUUUGCCAAACUAUUGUACAGUGUACAUUACAACGAUAGUUGUAAUGAGUUGAUUGAGAAGGUUUUGGGUUGGGUUUUUUUGUUUGUUUGUUUGUUUGUUUUUAGAUUUUUUAGUCAGCUAGAGAACAAGCUAUUGAUAAACAAUUGAUAGACUGACAUUAAUUUCUAAUAUUUAAAUUGUUCUUUUGGACAUGAACAUUACCUAAUAUGUUUGAAAAUUUUAUAUGUAUUUUGAAAGUAAAUAAAUUGUAAGUUUAAUGAUGCAUGAAUAUGCCCCAUAUAUAUAUAUAUGGAUUUUGUGUAUAUACACUAUAUUGCCAAAAGUAUUCGCUCACCCAUCCAAAUAAUCAGAAUCAGGUGUUCCAAUCACUUCCAUGGCCACAGGUGUAUAAAAUCAAGCACCUAGGCAUGCAGACUGUUUUUACAAACAUUUGUGAAAGAAUGGGUCGCUCUCAGGAGCUCAGUGAAUUCCAGCGUGGAACUGUGAUAGGAUGCCACCUGUGCAACAAAUCCAGUCGUGAAAUUUCCUCGCUCCUAAAUAUUCCACAGUCAACUGUCAGCUGUAUUAUAAGAAUGUGGAAGUGUUUGGGAACGACAGAAACUCAGCCACGAAGUGGUAGGCCACGUAAACUGACGGAGCGGGGUCAGCGGAUGCUGAGGCGCAUAGUGCGAAGAGGUCGCCAACUUUCUGCAGAGUCAAUCGCUACAGACCUCCAAACUUCAUGUGGCCUUCAGAUUAGCUCAAGAACAGUGCGCAGAGAGCUUCAUGGAAUGGGUUUCCAUGGCCGAGCAGCUGCAUCCAAGCCAUACAUCACCAAGUGCAAUGCAAAGCGUCAGAUGCAGUGGUGUAAAGCACGCCGCCACUGGACUCUAGAGCAGUGGAGACGCGUUCUCUGGAGUGACGAAUCGCGCUUCUCCAUCUGGCAAUCUGAUGGAUGAGUCUGGGUUUGGCGGUUGCCAGGAGAACGGUACUUGUCUGACUGCAUUGUGCCAAGUGUAAAGUUUGGUGGAGGGGGGAUUAUGGUGUGGGGUUGUUUUUCAGGAGCUGGGCUUGGCCCCUUAGUUCCAGUGAAAGGAACUCUGAAUGCUUCAGCAUACCAAGACAUUUUGGACAAUUCCAUGCUCCCAACUUUGUGGGAACAGUUUGGAGCUGGUCCCUUCCUCUUCCAACAUGACUGUGCACCAGUGCACAAAGCAAGGUCCAUAAAGACAUGGAUGACAGAGUCUGGUGUGGAUGAACUUGACUGGCCUGCACAGAGUCCUGACCUCAACCCGAUAGAACACCUUUGGGAUGAAUUAGAGCGGAGACUGAGAGCCAGGCCUUCUUGUCCAACAUCAGUGUGUGACGUCACAAAUGCGCUUCUGGAAGAAUGGUCAAAAAUUCCCAUAAACACACUCCUAAACCUUGUGGACAGCCUUCCCAGAAGAGUUGAAGCUGUUAUAGCUGCAAAGGGUGGACCGACGUCAUAUUGAACCCUAUGGAUUAGGAAUGGGAUGUCACUUAAGUUCAUAUGCGAGUCAAGGCAGGUGAGCGAAUACUUUUGGCAAUAUAGUGUAUAUAUAUAUAUAUAUAUAUAUAUAUAUAUAUAUAUAUAUAUAUAUAUAUAUAUAUAUAUAUAUAUAUAUAUAUAAAUCCAUUUAUUUUACUUAAUUGAACAUAUGAAAGAGAAUAUAUGAACUUUUAAUUGAAAAAAAAAACAUUUUUAAAUUAGGGUGGGGGGUUUUUAGCCUAAAAAUAUACUAUUUUGUUUUUGUCUGUAGCACAUUGUGCCGUAAAUCCCUCAGUGCUUUGGUGAUGUAACAACUGAAACAACUGAGAUUUUAUCCAUACAUCCACUGGACUGAUUUAAGGCACUGAAGAACAAUUUCUAUAUAAGUCUAUAAAUAUAUAUCACUGAAGCCAAAAGGAAAUGGCCCAGCAUCUCUAUUGGCUGACACAGUUGAUGUUGUGGUCAUUAUUCUGAACUCGUGGCUCCGUUUUCCAUUCAUGUAAUCGAAAACAAAGCUAUAAUUAUAUAUUUAGUCAUAGGAAAAUAUGGGCUGAUGAGCAAUUCUCUUGUAUUGUAUUUCACAUGCGUGGAAAAUGUGCUUUUGUCAUUUUAACAUUUCCAGUUUUAUUAUAUUGCAAGGUUCUGAGGUAUUCUCAUCUAGCUGAUUUUAGUGACUUUGCCUAUUUUUUUAUUCUUUGCUUGGAGAGUUCCACAUCCUUUUUAUAUUUUCUAGUAUAUAUACCACUUUCACAUGUAGUUUAGAGAGUUACCUCUUCUAGAACAGUAAGAGAACUAUGGUUUGCCCAGCGGACUUGCUUUCACCUAAAGCACCUCAGUAACUUGGUCUGUUGUGGUGGACUACACAUACACAUUCCCUAGCUUUUCUGUAUCAUAUUUUAAUGUGAUAUAUGUUGAAAAUAAGGAGAUAACACACAUGUAUGAAGAACUGUCACAUUUUAGUUCUUCCUUAAAAGUCAGAUCAGGAUUCGGGAAUAAUCCUUGUUAUUGUCUCUGAUGUAUUUGGUCCCUUAAUGUGUUUAUAUUUUGAUCUGUAUAUUUUUAAAUUGUCCAUGCAGACAUUUGGACACAGUGCCACUGAGAUGCAUUCAUACUCUUUAAAUUGGCCUAAAUGAAUAUUUAGGUCAUAUUGCAGUAUUUUAUUCUGUAUCAUUAAAUCCUGUGAUAUUUUGUUUUCCCCUGAGAGUAGAAAUUAAUACCCAUUAUCUUUCAAAAGAUUCUUCAUAUUUCUAUCUAUGUGUGUUCCUGUAGUUAAUAUUAAGCCCUGGGAUAACUAUUAGCUGUUAUCUAAUUUGAGAAUGAAAUAUAACUCAGGUUUUAGGUUUUAGAGAAUUUAUACCAUGAUGUAUCAAGAGUAUAUUACAAACAGGGAUGAAUUUCUAUUUUUAAAAGCUAUCAACCUGCCCUUUUUUUUUAUGUUUGUCUUCUUUGUAAAUAUUAUUAAAGAUUUUUUUUUUCAGCCUGGCUAAACAUGCUAAAUUCUGUGGUGUGCUCAUGUAACUGGGUUUUUUUCUUUCUUUUUUUUUAAUUUAUUUUUUCAUUCUAGGCUUGAUAUACUUUGUCAAUAUUGCUCAACAAAUGAAAUAAAAUAAAAAUAAAAAACAGAA